GGGUACGAAAAUAAUUAGAACGAAUUAAUAAAGGGGAACAACUCUUUACUUGCCGGAUUAAAUCAAUAACGCAGAUUAAAUUAAGAUCAUAAAGGUUACAAGUUGAAUACAGUGUAGAUAAGUCAGCUGAGAUCUAGUGUCGUAAAAAGUGUUAAUGGAUACUUCAUUUAUACCAAUUCCGAAGGUUAUAAAUGGCAGUAUAGCUGGGUUAGUUGGUGUAACAUGUGUGUUCCCGAUAGAUUUAGUUAAAACUCGGUUACAGAAUCAACAACUUGGGCCAGGAGGUACCCCUCUGUAUAACAGUCUAUUUGACUGUGCAAAGAAGACAUUCAGAAAUGAAGGAUUCUUUGGAAUGUAUAGAGGUUCAGGUGUGAAUCUUUUACUGAUUACACCAGAAAAAGUCAUCAAAUUAGUAGGCAAUGACUUCUUCAGACAUGUGUUGAAGAAUGACCAGAAUGCAUUGACAAUACCCCGGGAGCUACUGGCUGGCGCUGGGGCUGGAAUGUGUCAGAUUGUAAUUACAACACCGAUGGAGCUUCUUAAAAUACAGUUACAGGAUGCUGGUAGAAGUGCGCGAGUUGACAUGGCAGCUGAAGGUGAUGCUGUAGCAGGUAAAGUUAAAGCUCCAAGACUCUCUGCUACACAGAUCUCAUUGGAGUUGAUCAAGAAAAAAGGCUUGAUAGGAUUGUACCAGGGUUGUGGGGCCACCUUGCUUCGAGAUGUCACAUUCUCCGCUAUAUAUUUCCCAUUGUUUGCCAAUCUUAAUGCAAUGGGUAAAAAACGAGAGGGAAGUAACCAGGCAGUGUUUUACCAUUCUUUUAUAUCUGGUUGUGCAGCAGGCUGUGUAGCUUCCUUUAGUGUUAAUCCAUUUGAUGUUGUAAAAACAAGGUUACAGACAAUACACAAAGGUCAUGGUGAACAGACUUAUGAUGGUAUAGCUGAUUGUUUCAGAAAGGUUUACGCCAACGAGGGACCAAAGGCAUUUUUUAAGGGAGCCUUGUGUAGGAUUCUGGUUAUAGCACCGUUGUUUGGUAUAGCACAGACAGUUUAUUAUCUCGGAGUGGCGGAAUAUUUACUUGGAUACCCACGCCAGUAGAAUGGUACAAGCAUAUGGUACAAGGUUACAAGGAAUGGACUGUGUUCAAUAUUUUAUGACACAAGCAGGGUCCAAAGUGAUUAUCUUGAGUUGGGGAAGCAGUCUGAAAUUUUGUCUUUCUCUGAUUGGCUGUUUCCUAUUUACAACUUGAAAUUAACCAAUCAUUGAGAAGCAUCUUAAGACUGGUUCCUCUAAUUCACAGCACAGAUCUGAAGUACCGACAUUGUUAAGUUUUUUUUUGUGUUGUUUUUAUUUUCUCACUCGCAUAUUAUUCGCUUGCUACAUAACUUUUAUUAUUAUUUUGUGAAACUGAAUUUGUUAAAAAUGAUAAUUUGAUAUCAUUUUUACCAGAUGUUUUAUAUGUAAACUUGUUUGUGGAUUCGAAUUAACAUACAUGUAUGGCAUAAGUUGUUAAAACCACUGUACAUGUUUUAAGUGGUGUAUUUGAUUGUCUUUUUGCAGUCAAAGAACACAUUUAAAUAUUUUGAAUGAAUAAAAUAUAAAUCAUAUGAGAAAUAUUUGUGACAGAGAAAGUUUAUAUGUUAUAUUAAAAGGGAAGUAACUGUUCAACCAAUGGUAGCUGUUUAAAAUGUUUAAUUUUUAGCUCACCUGAGCUUGCUCAGGGUGAGCUUUUAGGAUCGGUGAAUGUCCGUCGUCCGUCGUCCGUCCGGCCGUCCACAAUUGCUUGUGAACACUCUAGCGGUCGCAUUUUUGCCUCAAUCAUCAUCAAACUUGGUCAGGAUGCUUAUCUAGUUGAAAGCUCGGAUGAGUUCGAACAUGGGUCAUCUCGGAUGAAAAACUAG